UUUACCCUUCCCCAAGUGACCCCGUGCGCCCUUGACGUAACAAACAAUUCCUCUCUCUCCCCUCUUCUCUAACCGAUCAAAUUAAUACUCCCAACUGAAAAUUUUUCCCUCAGUCAAGAUACGGCGAUGUCGCUAAAAGCGCCCCGUUGCAAUCCUCCGAUUCUGCUGGCCGCACUCUUUGUGAUUGCUAUUGUUGCGUACUCUGCCAACGGCCAGAAUGAUUCCGUGAAGUGUAACCCAUCAUGUGCCCAAAGUCCUCCACCUCCUUCUCCUCCACCGCCUUCCCCUCCACCUCCUCCACCGGCAUGCCCACCACCACCAGCCCUGCCUCCACCAACCCCCAAAAAGCCGCCGACCGGAUACUGCCCGCCACCACCACCACCACCGUCAUUUAUAUACAUCACGGGCCCACCGGGGAACCUCUACCCUAUUGACCAAGAUUUCAGUGGAGCCGGGCGGAAGUCUGAUCAGUUGGGGUUGCUGCUGGCUUCGGUUGGGGUUGGAAUUUUGGGCGUCCUGGCUUUUUGGUGAAUUUCAUGAUUACGGUAAGUACAAGUAUUUUUCCUUACCCCUUUUUCCUAGGACAGGAAAAUUCAUUGUCCGGAAGGAAAAUUUCAGGACCUUACCAGUAGUUGUACUUGCUGUAACUUACAUUGUUCAGUUCUUCCAGUUUCUUAUAUAUUAACAGUUUCUAUUUUGUUGUAAUUUCGAACAGUUAUUAAAAUUUCAAAGGUCUUUCUUUUCUUGCCAUCUAAUUUUAUACAC